UGAGCUCUCACUGGUCGCAAGCAGGACUAGUUGGCUGCUUCGAUCGAUCUGAUCUGAGAGACGAUGGCCAGGCUUGCCGCUCUUACGACCUUGCUUGCGCUGCUGUGCUCGGUGACGCGCUGCCAAGCUGAGGGCUACGGCUACGGUUACCCUGGCUCGGGAGGGGGUUACCCAAGUCCCCGCCCGACGCCACCGGCCCCGACUCCGAGUGGCGCCGGCCUGGCGGUGGGCUUCUACAGGGACGCGUGCCCGAACGCCGAAGCCAUCGUGAGAGACGUCGUCGAGAAGGCGGUGGAGCAGAACCCCGGCGUCGGGGCAGGGCUCAUCCGGAUGCUCUUCCACGACUGCUUCGUCCAGGGGUGUGACGCGUCCGUGCUGCUCGACCCGACGGCGGCGAACUCGCAGCCGGAGAAGCUGUCCCCGCCCAACUCCCCCAGCCUGCGCGGCUUCGAGGUCAUCGACGCGGCCAAGGCGGCGCUCGAGGCCUCCUGCCCGGGCACGGUCUCCUGCGCCGACAUCGUCGCCUUCGCAGGCCGCGACGCCAGCGCCGUCCUCAGCGACGGCCGGGCCGACUUCGACAUGCCCGCGGGCCGCCGCGACGGCCGCGUGUCCAGCGCCAACGACGCGCUCCAGUUCCUUCCGCCGCCCUCGUUCAACCUCUCCGAGCUCGCCGCCAGCUUCGCCGCCAAGGGGCUCGACGCCAACGACCUCGUCGUGCUCUCCGGCGCCCACACCGUCGGCCGCUCCCACUGCUCAUCCUUCGUCGGCGACGGCCGCCUCAACGCAUCCACGUCCGACAUGAACCCGGCGCUGGCCGCCUCGCUGCGCAGCCAGUGCCCGGCGAACCCGACCGCGGCCAACGACCCCACCGUGGUGCAGGACGUCGUCACCCCCAGCAAGCUGGACAGCCAGUACUACAAGAACGUGCUCAACCGCAACGUGCUCUUCACGUCGGACGCGGCGUUGCUCAAGUCAGGGCAGACGGCGGCGGCGGUGGUGCGGAACGCGUUCGUCCCCGGUCUGUGGGAGCAGAAGUUCGCCAAGGCCAUGGUGAAGAUGGCCAGCAUAGAGGUGAAGACCGGCGCCAACGGCGAGAUCAGGAGGAACUGCAGGGUCGUCAACUAGUUCGAUUUCUUGCGCAUGGCUGUUCUGAUCUAUACAUGUUCCUGCUUCGUUUUGUACUCGCGUAAAGCUGAGCUGCUGGGUCCUUGUAAUGCCGUUCGUCGGCUUCGUGUUCUUUCGAAUUCAUCUGUUGCAUGCUUUCGCAUGUCCAUUGUAACUUCAUCUUACUGGAAUUCAGGCAAACUUUUUAUUUU